AUGUCGGCCACCGAGACCGUUCACCUGCCUCUCCCUCGCCUUCCCGAAGGCUGGGCUGCUGAGGAUAAAGACUUCAAGGCCGUUGGAACCUUGUCCAGCGCAACCAGACGCAACGUCGAGCCUGUUGGGCCUCACUUUUUGGCGCAUGCCCGCCGUAAGCGCCAUAGACGAACGUUCUCCGAAGAUGAAAAGAUCCUUGCACAGGAGAAUGUCAAGAAGAUCGAGGAAGAUGAUGUCGAUGAAAUCAGCGAGGCCGAAGACCCAAUGAUGCUGCAGCGUGAUGCUAAGGACUGGAAGGGUCAAGAUCACUACGCCGUGCUGGGCCUCAGCAAAUACCGCUGGAGAGCUACUCCCGAACAGAUCAAGAAGGCUCACCGUAAAAAGGUCCUCCGACAUCAUCCUGACAAGAAGGCUGCCGCCGGUGCAAGUGACGAGAAUGACAGCUUUUUCAAAUGCAUUCAAAAGGCUACAGAGAUCCUACUUGACCCUAUCCGCCGUCGUCAGUUCGACUCCGUCGAUUCGGCUGCAGAUGUUGAGCCGCCACACCCCAAGAAGAAGGGAGACUUCUUCAAGCUGUGGCACCCAUUCUUCAAAGCCGAGGCUCGCUUCUCUAAGAUUCAACCUGUUCCUAUGAUUGGAGACGACAACAGCACGAAAGAAGAAGUCGAAACAUUCUACAACUUCUGGUACAACUUUGACAGCUGGAGGACCUUUGAGUACGAGGAUGAGGAUGUUCCAGAUGACAACGAAAACCGUGACCACAAACGCCACAUCGAGCGUAAGAACGCCAAUGCCCGCAAGAAGAAGAAGACCGAAGACACUGCACGUCUCCGAAGAACGGUCGACGAUGCCCUCGCUGGAGACGCCCGUAUCAAGAAGUUCCGCAAGGAAGAGCGUGCUGGCAAGGACAAGCGGCGACUGGAGAAAGAAGCUGAAGCUAAGCGCCUCGCAGAAGAAAAGGAGAACGCCCGACUUGAGGCCGAACGACUAGCAAAGGAGCGUGAAGAGGCCGCCAAGGCCGAGAGAGCUGAAGGAAAGAAGGCCAAGGAGGCUGCUAAGAAUGCGGCCAAGAAGAACAAGCGUGUUCUCAAGGGCAGCGUCAAGGACGUAAACUACUUUGCCGACGGGGAUGCCUCCCCGGCACAGAUCGACAGCGUACUCAAUGACGUUGAACUGAUCAUGGGCAAAAUCAACAACGAGGAAUUGGCCACUGUUGCUUCAAAGCUUACCACUGCUGGCAAGGAUGCUACUGCUGUAAAGGGUGUUUUUGCUGCAGAGGUGACCAGGCUCGUUGGCUCUGGAGCUAUCAAGGAAGGGGAUGUCAAGGUAUUGGGCAGUUAG